AAGAGUGGCUCAUUAGAAUUUCCUUAUAUAAUAAACUUGCCUUCUAUGGGAGAUUAAAAUAGAAAUUAAGGCACAGAAACAAAGAAGUGAGACACAGGGACACUUGUCGCCCAACAGAAGCAACGCAGCCGUGAAACGUCUCCUCUAAUUUUAUUACAGAACAUAAACAUAUUCAGGGAAGAAAGCGAGGCCGGGUUUGGUUGGUUUUGAGGGGGAGGAUGAAUAUGAAUUAUAACAAGAACUUUGAGAAUGAGCCGCCAGGGGAUGGUGGGGGGAGACUACAGGGGAGUCUGUCGCUUGCGCGUCAGACUUCGAUAUAUUCAUUGACAUUUGAUGAGCUACAAAGUACUAUAGGUGGUAGUGCUAAAGAUUUUGGUUCUAUGAAUAUGGAUGAGUUGCUUAAGAGUAUUUGGAGUGCUGAGGAAACGCAGACUCAUAACGUGGGGACUAGUAGCGGCGUGCAAGAAGGUGUUCCUGCUCCUGGUGGGUAUCUGCAGAGACAGGGUUCGUUAACUUUGCCUAGGACGUUAAGCCAGAAGACGGUGGAUGAGGUAUGGAGAGGUUUUUCGAAGGAUUAUGGUGGGGGAUUGAGGGAUGGUACUAGUGUUCCUGGAGGGUCAAAUAUGCCUCAGGCUCAGAGACAACCAACUUUGGGAGAGAUCACACUUGAGGAGUUCUUGGUAAAAGCUGGGGUCGUAAGGGAAGAUGUUCAACCGAUGGAAAAACCUAGUACCAACAAUAUGUUUGGUAAUUUUUUGCAAUCGGGGAACAAUUCUAGUUUUGGAAUUGGAUUUCAGCAAAAUGGUCAGAAUUUGGGGAUGAUGGGAAAUAGGACACCUGGUACUACCAAUCAGAUAGCCUUUCAAUCUCCGAAUUUACCACUGAAUGUUAACGGGGGUAGAUCUGGUCAGCAGCAGUUGCCUACAUUGCAGCCACAACUACAACAGAGACCGCAGCCGCAGCAGCAGCAGCAGCAACAACAACAACAGCAGCAGCAGCAGCAACAACAACAGCAGCAGUUAUUUCCAAAGCAAAAUACUCUAGCUUAUGCCACUCCCAUCAUGCCUAUACAAAGCAAUGGUCAGUUGGGUAGCCCAAGAAUUAGGGGUGGAAUUAUGGGGAUAUCUGAUAAUGGGACAAAUGGUAAUCUGGUUCAAACUUCUGGGCUACAAGGUGGCGGCGGACUUGGGAUGGUUGGUUUAGGUGCUGGAGCAGUUACUGUUGCAAUGGGAUCCCCGGCAGUUUCUUCUGAUGGGAUUGGGAAGAGUAACGGGGAUACAUCUUCUGUGUCACCAAUUCCAUACCUCUUUAAUGGCGGUUUAAGAGGAAGAAAAAGUAGUGCUGUAGAAAAGGUUGUUGAGAGGAGGCAGAGGAGAAUGAUAAAAAACAGAGAAUCUGCUGCAAGAUCAAGAGCUCGUAAGCAGGCCUAUACAAUGGAACUGGAAGCUGAAAUUGCAAAGCUAAAAGAGGAAAACGAAGAAUUGCGGCAGAAACAGGAAAAGUUGGAAAAGCAGAAGAAUCAGCAACAGGAUCUGGAGGUGGACCACCAGCAAGGACCUAAAAGACGCUGUUUGAGAAGGACACAGACUGGCCCAUGGUGAAGAACUAUGAUCAUACUUUGGCUUGUAGAAUCUAAUUGUUGUUUUAGAUGUUUGUACAUAUUUAAAAGAGUCUCCAUUCUUCAGGGGCUUAGGAAACGAGAGUUUAUGUAGACUUUCAGUUACGAAUUAUAAAGUGCUUCUAUAACUUAUUACUAGGUAGCGAGUGAAAAGUUAAAGUUACAUGGUAGAUCAGGUAUCUAUCUUACAUGUCAGUAGAGAUAACAUUACAUCCCUGUACCAUGAGUGAAUCUGUUCAUGUUCUUAAGUUCUUCUGUGGACUUUGAUGACAUAAUAAUGUUGAGUUUUCUUCCUGCA